AUGUCUGCCCUGCACAGAGGCGGCGGCGGCCACCUGCCCCGCGGGGCGCACCCCUGCAGCCUGAGACCAGAAAAAUCUGUCAUUGCUCAACCAAUAUUUGUUUUUGAAAAGAGAGAGCAAGCUUUUAAGAGACCCAUGGAAGAGACCCUGCACGAAGCAGCAGAACCUGAAUGUAAUGGCUUUUCAAGAAAGCGCAUACGGUCUUCAUCCUUUUCUUUGGAAACUGCAGAUUUGCAAUCCCAAGGAGUGAAGAAAAACAAUGUUUUUAUGACACCAAUUCUUGUGCAAAGGAAUGUUGGCAUGAACAGUGCAGAACAAAGUCCUUUGAAACAUUCUGAACAUGUUUUAAGACCUGCUAUUUUGCAGCCACCUCAAGCUCAAAGGCGCGAAAAAGUAAGACACAAUGCAUGGGAGCACUGCAAGACUAAAGAAAAAACAAAAAACAAAAUUUCUGAGAACUCCUGUUUGCUAAGUGAAAAUUUGCCAAGUGCUGGAAUUUCAAUCCAGCUGUCUACCAACCAGAUUCUUUUGGGGGCCGCAUCAGUAGGGUGUCAACCAAAUGAAGAUAAGUAUUCUUUUAAAAGCUGCAGUUCUGACUUCGUGUUUGGAGAAAACAUGGUAGAAAGAGUUUUGGGUAUGCAGAAACUCACCCAGCCUCAACUUGAAAAUGAUUCCCAAGCCAAGGAAAAGCCAUUCAAAUACACCCUAAGAUUUCCUACCAACUCUCCGAACUCAAGAACAGAUGCUAUUAAAAAUAUAUCCCUGAUUGAAUCAGCUGCUGCACUCUCUUCCAAAUCAUCCCCGAAAUGCUUGCUGAAGAAAAUUGAUGUAAUAACAGGGGAGGAAGCAGAAUAUAACGUGUUAAAGAUCAACUGCAAGCUUUUUGUGUUCAACAAAACCACUCCCUCCUGGACUGAGAGGGGCCGGGGAGCUCUGAGACUCAAUGAUACAGCUGGCAGCGACCAUGGGGCCUUCCAGUCAAGACUAAUUAUGCGCAAUCAAGGGAGCCUGAGGCUGAUUCUCAAUAGCAAACUCUGGACUCAAAUGGAGAUUCAAAGAGCAAACCACCGAAAUUUACGAAUAACAGCUACUGAUUUAGAAGACUAUAGCAUCAAAGUGUUUUUAAUUCAGGCCAGUGCCAAAGACACAGGGUCUCUGUUUGCAGCCAUACAUCACCGUCUUGUUGCUCUUCGAAGCUUCGAUAAACAAAAAGAUGUCAGUCAAGCUGAGAGCCAGGCAGAAGCAGCCCUCCCACAAUUAAACUGCGACAGCUGUGAUGAGGAUGAGGAUGGCUUUACUCAAGGCACUAAAACUAGAUCAGAUCCUUCUGGGUGGACCCACCGACAGUCAGUUGUCUGUGCAUGA